GGGUUCCUGUAGUGGCGCCACUUCCUCAGGUCAAUGGCUGGUAUAGUCACCUCUCCCAGCCCCGUUCGGGACUGUUUGAGGCUGUAGAGCUCAGAUGGCACUCUGGACCCCACCUCGCCCCCACUCACCAGCCAUGGCUGAAAAGUGUGCCACAGCUUAACCUCCUUCCGUGAUGAACUCGAAGAACCCCAAGAAGUGCCCCCAGUACAAGAAGAGUAGAAAGAAGGCCCAGGAAAAAUUUGCCAGGAAGUUUCCAUACAGGUUCUCUUGGCUGACAGAACCUACUGUAGAGUUCCUGAAGCCCUGGGAGGUCACGAAGAUGACCACCACACUGAGGGAUCAGCUGCCCCUGCAGAAGACUUUGAUGCCAACAAGAUCCAUUCCAGUCAGAGGGCUUGGGGCCCCAGAUUUUACGUCACUGUCCUGCUUGAACCCUCCGCUGCCACCGCCUCUACUGAGCCAACUUUGGGAACUCAAGCUAGUGAGCCGCCGCUUCCCUAGGCCAGGCGCCCCCACUGUCCCCCCCCGGCACCUGCGCUGCCCACCCCUCCAGAGGCCUCCUCUAGAGCCCGGCUCCGAGCGGCCUCCCUCACGGCCACCUGUCCCGGGCUCUCCAAGUGGUGGCCACAGAGCACUCCCUUCCGGACAGAGGUGAACUCAAGUGAGGGGAACCACCCUGAUGGGGCUCUUCAUCUCCUCAGAUCCCACGCCAUGUGAAUAAACUUCACAGAUUCAAAUCCUA